AAUAAGAUUAUCAACCAAAACGUCUAUGCCAUGGACGAAUGACGAGUGACGGCUUUAAAUAAAAAAAAUGGCCAUCUAAAAAUUCAUUCGAGCAUGCGUCACUUUGGGUGUUUUUACUCUUACCCAUUGGCGUCACAACUCUCAGUCCAUGGGAACGCUUAUCACAUCAUCUUUUCAUCAUUGCCGUUUCCUCUCUCUCGGUCGGCUGCUGGAGCCUGGAACAGGUUUCUAUUUUUCCAGUCGAAAUCAUCAUCAUCAUCAUCACCAUCAUCAUCAUUAUUUUUGAUCAAUGGGCUGGAAUAUUUAAAAAAAAACAUGGUACGCGAUCAAAACCUACGAAUAGUAGCGCCUCAUUCUGCGUAUAACACCGGAGGACGGAUACGCGUAUCAACUCCAAUACGAUAUCAGACAGGCUUUUUUUUGUUAUCUGUAUGGCUAGGUAGGUUUGGGAGAGUGGAAGGUAUCGAGUUAUUUGUCACCAAAACUCCUGGGAGGAGCAAAAUUACAGGCUUUUUCAUGGUUCUUUUUUUUGCAUAUGCCAUUUCAUCAAUAUACACGAUGAAACGCAAGUCAAUAAGUCAAGAGGACAGAGAUACUAUUUGAAAAUUCAAAGUAUAUUGGAUUCCUUUUUUCUAAAUGAAUAUCGUGAAAAUAUGGGUGAGUGGAUGGAUGUCGAUAUAUGUUCGACAUUCGUCACAUUGAAGUGGACAAUAUUACGCGGCGGAUGCAAAAAUAAACAAAAAGUCAAGAAAACCACAGAGUUUAAAGCGACAUGUGAUACGGCAUGACAUGCAGUAGACUGAACAAGUGCAUUCCCCC